AUGGCUCCCGAUUUAACAAAAAAGCUCGAAGAUGAAGUUGAAAAAUAUCGACAUACUCAAAAUGAAAUGAAAAAAUAUGUUGCACAACAACAAAAUUUAUAUGUAACAAAAACUGAAAAUGAAUUUGUUAAACAGGAGUUUGAAACUUUAGAAGCAGAUGCCACUGUAUACAAAUUAAUUGGACCUGUACUAAUAAAACAAGAGUUAAGUGAAGGAAAAGAAACAGUGGAGAAACGACUCGUCUAUUGUGAUGGAGAAUUAAAACGUCUUACAACGAUGAUUAAAGAUACAGAGAAAAAACUGGAAACACAUCGUGAAGUUAUUGCCAAAAUUCAACAACAAAUUAAAUAG